GGAUUUUCCAUCUUUUCGGAAUUUAUUUUAAGGUCUGGUUAGAAAUCUAGACCGAGUUAAAUAAUAAACAACAAAAGCCGUAGUUUUUUUCCCCCAGAAGGAACAUAGUCAGAGAGAGUACAUAGGAAAGACAGAUUAGCCCGCCAAUUUGUUGUAUCCGUGUUGUCUCAUGUAGCAAAAGAAAGCAGCCGCCUGAAGACUUUCAAAUAUUCCUCUAAGUAUGUGGUUGUAAUUAGUUAUUAGUUAUUGGGCCGAUGCAAGGGAGGUCAGUCAUGGAUCUUUAUUGUUAUUGUGACCGAGCAUGGAGGCGCCAGGAAGAUCCUAACAUUUGUGGCUCAGAAUCACAGCGAACCCUUUCACGCUAUUCUGCCUCCGCUCGGCAUGGAGAGGGAGAGGGGUGGUGCACAAAAUGUCGCUCAUUGCUUUUCCCCCACUGUCAUUAUUGCGGUAGUGGUGGCUUCUGACUCGCUGGCUGGGGUGUGUGCCUCAGCCGGUUUUAUUAUGGCUCUAUCGUUCCCCUAAUUUCUAAUCCCCUAGUAAUAUGUUGGCUCGUUGGUACGAGGUAGUGAACAAGGAUGGGGCCUAGACACGUUAGCCCCGGUAGGGUAGGCUGCUGCUUGGUCCCACCGCCCGCGAAAAUUGCGGAUGCUGCCCUGGAGGCUGUCGCAUGCUCGGGCUCCAACUUUUCUUUUUCUUUUUCUUUUUCCUUUUGUCUUUGGCGCUGGUGGAAGGGAGGUGCAGCGUCACCAAGAGGUAAUCUGCCGCUAGCCAUCAUCAUCAUUGUUUCUUUUUUUUUCCCCUUCCCUUUCAUCCUCGUCGCCUCCUGUGAGACUCUCUCAACACCACAACAACCGUUCACCGUUUCACACCCUGUUGAGGUCGACCAAGCUCCCAGUCACCUCGCAUUUUUUACAUUCUUCCUUCUCUCAAUAUUGUACGGAUGAUUCUUUGGUCGUCAGAAUUUUUGAUGUUUUGGCUCUGUCCUCCCCUAGCCCUGGAGCCAUCGCAUUCCAACACCUGGAUGUUCUAAAGGCAAAUAUGGAUGAUAUCCCAACAAUGGACCCCCAGCACCCACGCCAGCCUUUUGCCCGCCCAUCAACAUUUGGGGCUCAUCCACCAUCAGAAUCCAGACACACCCAGUUGCCGCCACAUCUAUACGGACCGGGCUCGCUACCAGCAAAUGGAAGGUCUCAUGUAACCUACGAUCCGUUGGGGCGACGUGAAAAUGAGAUCCCACCACGAGCACCUCCCGGGCUCCCUCCGCCGUCCCCGGCCUAUCCAUCUCACCCUUACCAUCAUGAAAUCGUUCCCCAUCCGAAACCAUCACCAUCGCCAGGUCCCUUCGCAUCUCUCCACCACGAACCCACGUCAGGUUUCCAUUCGCGCCAUUCGAGUCGCGGUUCGGUUAUAAAAAGUGGUGAUGGAGGAGUGAAGGAGCCAAGCAACCCCAGAUAUCGUGAAGGUAAGGGAAAUAUUUUAAAACCCCGCGAAAUGAUACCUGUGAAGUAUAGAUCUGUGAAUUCCCAUCUUGCCGUAUUUGCGACCAUAACGAGAUGUUAUAAUAUAUAUAUAUAUAUAUUCGUUGGUGGUUGCUCUUGUACCCUUGUACGGGGGGCGGGCCGGGAGAACAACAAGGCCAAGCGGCGCGCGCCAACAUUAAGACCCUUCUUCGCUUGGACAGCUCCACACACGGAUGGACAGAUUAAAGCCCAGUUUGAACCAUCCAGCAACAAGAAAGGAAGCUUCCAACUUACCCAGCCUGCCCAGUCCCGUUUUCCCAGCCUCCCAUUCUCCUCGCCUCUGCCUGAGACUGUCCCUAAGAACCUACAUACUCCGUAUAUAUACUUUGUCUAGGGCUCAUUCUCAGCCUCAGGCCAGAUCCCAGCUGUCCCGUGCUCGGCUUACCUAAUGCCCCUGGAUCGGCUAUGGUGAUUGCUUCAGACGGGAACGCUAGCCGAAUCUGGAUUGACGGAUCUCGGCCGUGCCCAGCCGAGCGAGUCCCGUGACCAGCCCCAUUCCCCAGCAAACCUUGGAAUCUGCAGAGCCGCGUCUUGUCUUUCCGCAGAUGGCUGACCUUUUGCCCUGUUCUCCCACAGCACAUCAACCUCAUCAACCACCGCCACCACCACCCACCAUGUCGUCGCGGGACAUGUCACAUCCCACACAACCCUACGAGCACGCUAGGCGACGGUCACUGGGCAGCAAUGGCAGCUCCCCUGUCUAUCCUGCCUCGGGCCAAGUUGACCAGCAAGGCGGACAGCAACCCCCUCCACCCUCUUCCUCCUACACUAGUCGCCAAAUGCCUCCUCCGUCCUCUCCUCAACAUUACCACGCGCGUGGAGCCCCCAUCCCGGGACUUCCCCCUCCCGCACCGUCCUCCUUCCCUCCACGUGAACCUCCUCAACCAUCCGCACACCGACCCGGAAGCAGCAUGUCGAUAUCGUCAAUGUUAGGGUCGGAUUCAGAUCGUCCACCUCGGGAUAGCGGCCCUUCCUCCAUCUAUGGCCGCCCCUCGGUAUCCUCCGUUCCAGCAGGCUCCCAACAGGGAGCAAUGUCGCCCCCCUCCGCCCCUUCGAGACAACCACAACCAUCCUCUGAUUUUCCACCUCUAAGACGCUCGCACACUCCAGAUAGGGGUCUGUUUUCAAACCCCCAGCCGCCUCGUCCAUACCGCUCGAGUUCUGGAAGCGCGCCGCAAAACCAACCCCAGCCGCCUCCUCCCGAGGAUACCUCUCGUUUUGGGGCUUUAUCUCGGCCCCAAAGUCUUUCCUCAAUAUACGGAGAUAAACCACAGGCAUCACAACCAACCCCUUCUGGGUUAUAUGCAGUAUCCCCAUACAACCAAGACCGACGUGGUAGCAUAAGCGGGCCAAUCCCACGCCCCAGUAGCCAGCCGCAUCAAGAAGAGCCUCCAUCGUCGCGAAGAUCUCUAUUCAGCCCGGGAACAAGGUCGUCUGGUCCGCAUUUUGGAGAUGGCUCAUCAAAAGAGUCUGGAUUACAACCUGCAGCACCUGGAUACCCAGGGCCUGAGGCAGCGUCUCAUGCCCAACGAAGAUAUGGUAUCCAGCACCAAGAACGCCAUUGCCCCGCGGAGCCGGUGAGCCGCGAGCAAGAACACAAUGGCAGACUAUCACAAGAAAUGAAACAGCAACAACCACGGUUCGGAUCGCAUUUCGGAGAGCGGGAACCGGAGGGAGCCCCGCGGCCUACGUGGGAUUCGAGUGGAAUCCAGCGCCUGUCUCCCGAAGCAGCGCGCCAUUCUAUUAGCAAUGACUUCGGUGGUAUGCGGAACACGAAACCCCUUGGAUCUCAGUUGCCUGGUCCUCGAUCAGUUCCGGGGCCGCAUCUGCAACAACAACAACAACGACCCGAGCCUUCACAACGCAAUGAUUCACAACAAAGCUCAAGCCUGAACAAGUUCCAACAACCCUCACGAAUCUUCUCUCCAACUCUGGGCCCGGGCUCCGGCUCCCAACGACCUUUGGGCGGCAUGGGCGAAGAUCAGAAACGCAAGGACAGUGACGAACCCUUUCAACACCGAAGUCUCCUCAACCUUAACGCGGAGAAUAAGCGAGAAGGGAGGUCAUCGCCACUUCCUCAAGCUGUUCAAGGCGCACAAGCUCAAAUAAUCGGCCCAGCUGAAGAGGCUGGUAUUAAGAGCGAACUUGGCCGUGUAUUUUCGGGAAUUGGAAGUGGUGUUGGUGUUUCUGCGGCUAGUCACCCGGGUAGCGGGCCAUCCACACCCAUGACUUCGAGCCCUUUUAAGAGAGACGGUAUCGCUGCACGUUCGGCGGGGGCAGAAAUAAAUGAAUCUGCAACGAAGCCAGCCCGAACUAGCGUGCCGGGACCAGCGCGACGUGGACGAAAACCAAAAGACGAUGAUAUGAAAGGCGAGGGCGAGGGUAGCGCUGGAAACCGUGGUGCAGGGACCACCCGUGGUCGAAGGCCGCGGCAUGUCCACCACCACCAUCACCAUGGUCACCACCACCAUCACAGGCAUAAGCUGGACGAUGAGGCUUCUGGGUCUCUUGCUUUACAAAACGCCAUCCCGCCGCCAGGGGUGGCUGGUUUCCAGCGAUCACCUAUUCACCCUGAAGGUACCGCUCUGUCCCCCUCCACUGUCGCUCCGCAUCACCACCACCACCAUCAUCACCAUGUUCCACGGUCCACCACUGGCGGUACAUCCGUUGUCCCGCCGUCGACUUCAACCUCUGCGGCCCCGAUACGAGAAUACAGCACAAUCGUCAAUUUACAGCCGCUUCUACGAAGUGUUGCACAUCGUCCUAGGUAUCAUCUCGGUUCUACCCUGUACGCCCCCAAGAUCGGAGUACCUCCAUCCCGGGCAUCCCCGGAAAGUUCGAAAUUCGGCUACGUGAGUACGCCAGUCCCUAUUCCACGAUUCGAAGGUAAAGAGAAUUGUACGUAUACUAUCCGCGUCCCUCGGUUUCGCAUCGACGCAAGCCAUCGAGAGGAGAUCUGCGCGCGACGAGCACUCUGGGGCACUGGUGUGUAUACGGAUGACUCCGACCCCGUAGCAGCAGCAAUCCAUUCUGGGUUCAUCCGCGGCGAAUGGGGAGAGGAUGUGGAUGUGUCCUUGCUAGAUCUGGAGAUCAAAAAAGAACAUCAACAUGCGCCCAACGGCAAGAACGGCACUACCACUGCACUGCCAAAACUUUCUUCCCUGGAUGAACUAGGAGUCAAAGAACCUAAACCCUCCGACAAACCCGAAACAACAACAACAACAACAACAACAACCAACCCUACCACGAAGUCCAAAUCCAAACCCAAAAUCCCACCCCUCCCACCCCCUAACAAAGAUCUACACAUUACCCUUCUAAUACUGCCCACCCUCGAACGCUACGACUCGACUGUGAUGUUCGGCCUGAAGUCGCGCCCGUGGGGGGAUAACCAUGACGGGAUGAGUUUCAAAGUUGAGCGGAUUGACUGGGUGGAUGAAGGGGGCUCGAAGGGGGAGGAGCGCGGUGGUGAAGCACGGAGGAAGCGGUUGAGGAGUAUGAUGCUGUCUGGGCGGAUUUGUACGCCUGGCGGGAUGAAGGGGAGGGGCGGAGUGGAGUUGCGGAAUGGGUCGAAGAUUGGAGGGAUGGGCAUGAGAAUGAGCAUGGGUAUGGAUGGGGGAGAAGGGGGAAUUAAGGCUGUUGAACCUGUGUCGUGAGGUAUUUAUUGUGUUGGGUGAUUUGUGAUACAUAUAUUUUCAUUUCGCCCCUGUACCCUCUUACGCCCUUUUUUUUUGGAUUUCUGCCAAAUCUUUUUUCUUUCAUAUUUAUACUUAAGUGUGCUUCUUGAUAUGUUCUCUUGAUCUCUUUCUCCUUUUUAUGGUUCCCUGUGUCUCAUUUUUAUCAUUUUUAUCUUUGGGUUUUUAUUUGUGUGUUUUUCUCUUUUUUGAUAUCAGAUACAGCAGAGCGUGUUACCCCCCUCCCAUCAGUUUUGUAUAGUUUGGAGUUUUAAUUUGACUGGCUACGGGGAUAUUUUUCCCAACCUAUUUUUUUCCCUUCUUUUUCUUUUCUUUUCUUUUCUUUU